AUGACCACUUCAGUCACUCUCAAGAGCACCGUCUCGACCGUCUUGACCCACACAGCCAUUGUUCCUCAGUCUUCUCCUGUCAGCCCUGAGCAGACCACCCCUGCCUCCGUCGAGGGCCACGUUGCUAUCCCUUCAACUGUCACUCUUUACAGCACCAAGGAGGUUACCAUCACCAGCUGUGCCCCUGAAGUGACCAACUGCCCAGCUUCUUCGACUAAAAUCUCGACCACCGUAUUCCCUACUGCCAUCACCGUUUCAAGCGUUUGGUCUCGUACUUCUUCCAUGCCCGCAGCUUCCUCGCCUGCCGGUUCUGCUCCUGCCGGUUCUGCUCCUGCCGGUUCUGCUCCUGCUGGUUCCGCACCCGCCGCUUCUUCGCCUGCUGGUUCAGCCCCUGCCGGAUCCUCUCCCGUCAGCCCCGAGACCACUUCAGCUCCUGUCACGAUCCCCUCGACCAUGUUCUACUACAGCACUGCCGUCGUUACCGUGACUAGCUGCGCUGAGGGCGUCGAGAACUGCCCAGCUAAGUCCACAGUCGUCAAGACCGAUGUCGUCCCUACUGGCUACAGCGUGACCAGCGUUAUCUCUUCUUCUUGGACCCCCAUCGAGUACACUAGCCCUGCUGCUGGUGUUCCUCAAGAAUCGGCUCCCGCUGUCUCUGCUCCUGCACCUGUCAUGCCCACCUCCGCUCCUUUCGCCGUCUCCAACAGCACCAUGAUGUCUGUCGGCCCCAAGGGAACUGGUAUCGUCGGAACUGGCUCUGGCAGCAAGGCCACCUCCACCUACUCACCUUCCCAGUACACCGGUGCCGCCAACAAGGUCGGUGCCGCUGGUCUGGCUGGUGUCGCUGCUUUCGCCGCUUUCCUUUUGUAA